AUGUGCAAUUAAAAAUUAUUGGAUUCUAAAAAAAGAAUAAAAGUAACAAUUAUUCUCAAAUUGAUAUUUCAGAAAAAGAGAUAGAAGGUUACAGAGUAAACCUUUAUUUAAUGUUGUAACUUAAAAAACUUUUAAGGUGUAUUUAUAAAUAAAUAAUCAUAGAAAGUAAAAAAGUCUUUUAAUGAAAACAAGUAAUCAAUCAUUUUAGAAUAAUUGCCUAAUAAUUACUUAAUACCAAAAUUUUUUAUUACUUAUUUGAUUUUUUCCCAUCAUAUUUUGGAUUUAAUUUAUCAUCAAAAUCUCUUUGAAGAUAUUUUUGAAACAAUAAAAGAAACUUAAAUAUCUUUUAAGUAUAGGUUUUAAAGCUAUUGA